UUCGGAUCUUAGCGAUGUUGUUUCUUUGAGUAAUCAUAAGCUAACGAAAGUAAAGUGUUUUUUUAAAUUUGAGUGAAAGAUAGGAAACUCAAAAGGGCAAUAAGUUACUGCAGAAGUGGGAAUACCAUUGGGCGUCUGCUUCGUGCUCAAGGUUCAUUUUUACCCCUGGUUCCGGCAGUGAAAUUUUGACCUUGUGGCCUACUUAAAUGAGGCAGUUGGGAAUAAAGUAUCCUUAUAAUCUUUUCAAAAAUUUGAUGCUCAGAAUUCCCCAGCAACAUUAUUUACCGGGAGGCUGAUUCCAGAAAAUGAAGAGUUUACUCACUUUUGACUUUGACCACACAAUUGUGGAUGAGAACAGUGAUACUUGGGUUGUGAGAUGUACUCCUGAAAAGAAACUUCCAGAUUGGUUUCAUAAAAAGUAUAAUGGAAAACACUGGAAUGAAUACAUGAGACGAGUGCUUGGUUACAUUGGAGACCAAGGAAUCAAAGAACUUGAAAUAAAACAGAUUAUGGAAUCCAUACCAUAUUGUUCAGGAAUGGUCGACCUCUUGAAGUUCAUCUGCCAAAUCAAGAAACAUGUUGACUGUAUAAUUAUUUCUGAUUCCAACACAAUUUUUAUCAAUUGGAUCUUAGAAUCUACAAAUACAAGGUUAGCUUUUGAUAGCAUUCUUACAAAUCCAGCAACAUUUGAUGAACGAGGUUAUUUAAGAAUUGAGAGUUUUCAUUCCCAUAGUUGUCCACAAUGUCCUGAUAAUCUUUGCAAGAGAAAAGCAUUAAAUGAAUUUGUUGCUAAUCAACUUAAAUUGGGAGUACAGUAUAAAAAAAUCAUUUACAUUGGUGAUGGAGGAAAUGACUUGUGCCCAAUUGAAAGUUUAAAGGAGAAUGAUGUUGCCAUGGUUAGAAAAGGUUACAGGUUAGAGAAGCUGAUUGAUGAAAUGCUUGAAAGAUUUUUGCCAAUGAUAGUGAUAUGGUCUUCAGGUGAAGAAAUCAUUUCUUAUUUGAAAAACUCUUUAAUAACUUAACUAUUCUAUUGAUUUAUUUGCAAACAAGAUUAUUUGUUAUUAAUUACACAUUCAUAGAACUGCCACAAAUACAAUAUUGGAGAGUCAAAGCACUUGGGCAUCUUAAUUUUAUAAAUUAUCAAAUGCUGACAAUUCAGGUGUGGACUGAAUUUUUCUGUAUGGAUGAAUGCAAAGGAAUUUGAAUGAGUCAAUUAUACCAUUUAAAUUGUACCACUAACAAUUCACCUAAAUGCUUUGAAAUUGUGUUUAAUUUGAAUACAUUAACAUGUAGCACACUUGUCAAUAGCAUGAAUUUACUUUUUUUUAAAUAAGUGUGUCAGGUUUGAUCUUCUCGCUCAAAAAUGAUAGAUUACUCAGGAUUUAAUGGGGAACAAAGCUGUGUUCCGGUAUUGAGAAGCAGGGAGAUAUUUCGAAAGCCUAUUUGAAGUGCAAUGUUUUUUUUUAGAGCUUUAUGAUAGCAUAAAGAUGUUCUUAAUAAAUGUUGCAGAAAUUGCCAAUGACCAUGAAAAGCUAUUGUAAUGUGUCUGUGGAAUGCUUAUAUCAAUAUAAUAUUAACAGUUGGUAAGAUCUUUAAGUUGUUAUGCUUGGUUUUUUUGGUGUGUUUGUACAAGUUGGUACCUUGCAUGCUGUAUAUCAGUAGUCCCCAACCUCCAGGCCACGGACCAAUACCGAGCCGCGAAGCAUGCAGGGGUGCAGUGGUAGCUGGAAUGCACCCAGCACAUCUUUAAGAAAAAAGCUGAAAUAAACAAGCUAAUUAAUUAGGUGCCACCUGGUAAUUAGCUUGUUUAUUUUGGCUUUUUUCUUAAGGAUGUGCUGGGUGCGUUCCGGCUACCACUGUACCCCUGCAUGCUUCACAGAGGUUGGGGACGACUGCUGUAUAUAAAAUAGCCUUAUGAAUUGGUGCAACACACACAAAAUGCUGGAGGAACUCAGCAGGUCAGGCAGCAUCUAUGGAAAUUAAUAAGUAAUCGCCACUUUGAAUCGAGAUCCUUCUGACUGGAAAGGAAGGAGAAAGAUGCCAGAAUUAAAAAACAUUGGGAAGAGGAGGACAAGCUACCUAGAAGGUGAUAUGUGAAACCAGGUAACCAGGUGGGUGAGAAAGGUAAAGGGCUGGAGAAGAAGGAAUCUGAUAGAAGAGGAGAGUGGAUCAUGGGAGUAAAGGCUGAUUUAUACUUCUGCGUCAAGCUUGCGCCGUAGCCUACGCAAGUGGGCAACGCCAUUGUGAGCAUUUAUACUUGUGCAUUGGUGUGUCUGCGUCACUCUGCAAUUUGUGCACGCAUCUGCCCGUGCAAGGCUUCAUGGUCAUGGUAGUCUUUCUCGGGGUAAACAAGUUUAAAGCGAGCGUCUUUUUUUGUAAAAGCAAAAUGUGUCCUCCAUAAUUUCGGAGGUCUGUAAAGCUUUAUGGAAAGCAUUGCAGCCAGAGUUCCUUCCCUGCCUUCAGUCGCCCAAUGGGAAGCUGUUGCAGCAUAGGAGGAAAUGCAAUGCUACCAAGCAGACCAAUCACAGUUGUUGCAGUCUGCGUUGCCGCGACGCAUAGUUACAUUUUGGGAGAGUUGUGCAUCAGGCUACGUAGGCACUGCAUAGGGUUCGUGGCUACGCCAUACCUAUGGCGUCGAUUUGACGCAGAAGUAUAAAUCAACCUAAAGGGUCAGCAUCAGGGGAGGUGAGGAGAAGAGGUAAGAGGCCAGUGUGGGAAUAAAAGAAGAGGGAAAGGGGAGGGGAAAAAAUUACCAGAAGGAGAAAUCGAUGUUCAGGCCAUCAGGUUGGAGGCUACCUAGAUGGAAUAUGAGGUGUUACUUCUCCACCCUGAGAGUGGCCUCAUCAUGGCAAAAUAGGAGGCCAUAGACUGACAUAUUGGAAUGGGGAUGGGAAUUAAAAUGGUUGGCCACUGGGAAAUUCUGCUUUUGGUGCAUCAGGAUCGCUGGAUACAAUACAGAACCCCAACAGAUUUGUAGGUGAAAUAUUACCUCACUUGGAAGGACCCGGGCUGCCCUCACCUGCAUUUCCCAGACCUGCACGCUUACUCCAUCUUCCCACCACUUUAACAGGGAUAGAGUUCCACUUGGCCUUAGCUACCACCCCAAGAGCCUCCGCAUUCAACACAUUAAUCUUCACAACUUCCACCGUCUUCAAGACGAUCGUAUCACCAAACACAUCUUUACCUCCCCACCAAUCUCCCUCCUGGCAGAUAACCCUGGAAGUGACAUAAAUGCUCCAUUCACUUCCUCCCUCACCUCUAUUCAGGGCCUCAUACAGUCCUUCCAGGUGAGGCAACAACUCAAAAUUGGAAGCUUCAUUCACAAUCUUUUUAUGUAAAUUGGAUCAAAUAAUGAAUGUUUAAUUAUAUAAAUUAUUUUAAAAACAAUGUAUUUUAGAAAAUUGUGAUGUGAUUUAAAAUAAUAAUAAAAGUUUU